UCCAUUAUCACCUGUACAAGUACUUCAAAAUAGUGAUGGUGUCUGAACGCAAAGCAAAGAAAGAAGUUUUACAGGGAGUGUAUCAGUUUGUGAAAGGAACUGCUACUUUUCCAUUGAGUCUUUUGUUAAUUGGAUUGGAGAAGCUGAUUGAAGUAGAAUUUUUUUCAUGUCCAUGCAGAGUUGAACUGAAUGGACUGCUAACAGCAUCUAUCUUCAUUGGACCUGCUCUUUUUGUUUUUGCUUUGAUGUAUCUUGUUUUUCGGCCUUUUAAACAUAGACUCAGUUGUUAUGGAGAAGCCAAUAAUGAUGCUCAGCAGAACUCAGCACAUAAUGCUCAGGAGGGCAGUCAUAAAACUCCACAGAUCUGUCCUAAAGCUUUUGCAUUUUGUCUGAUUCCUCCUGUCAUGUGGAUCUUCAUCUUGUUACUUGAUGGUGUAUAUGUUGCUUGCAGCAUGACAGACUGGAAGGGAGGUUAUGUGUUUGAUCAGGAUCUCAACAAGUUCUGGUGUAACCCUACUGACAAGAUGCAGAAUGUAACGGAGCUACGAGAUUUGACUCGCAAAUAUAUUUAUCAGUCGCAGUAUGCAGGUUAUGUCUUGAUCUCUGUCUUCAGUGCAUUGACAGUUGCCUUUGUGAGCAUUUACGACUGCUGUAUUAGUAGAAAGUGUGAUGAUUACUGCCCAAAUCAACUGUUAUCCUGCUGCAAACCAACGAGGACACAAAGUGAGGGACAAGCAGUUAUUGCAAAUCCUGUCUUCCUCCAUCCUCCUCAGUGAGCUGUCCUCCUCCAUGAAGACAGCCGUCCUCCUCUGUCCUCCUUUUCUGUAGGCUGAUUAUCAUAUCAGUGCCAUAAUAUCUGCCCUUCAUGUUCAGAAGUUAAAAAGAAAUAAAAAAGGACACACAUUUAAGCUUCAUAGCAUAAACUUUUGGUUUCACUGAUUUUCAUUAGAAAUAAGUUUUCAUUAUGCUUGCUGGUGGAAAUUAUUAUGCUAUAUGUAGAAUGGAGUUAUUACAAUCCAUUUUUCAUGACACUGAUUAUACUUUAGUAAUAAUAACACAUUUUUAAAAAAUAAAAUCUCACUUUAAAUGCAUCAGCAUGUCACAAAUGUGUUUAAACUACAAAUCAAUAUAGCAGGAAAAUAGUUUUUUUAUUUUAUUUUAUUAUUAUUAUUUUUUUUUUGUUAUUGUUUUUCCUAAUGGGUGUAUUAUA